ACCGGUGGCGACCAAUCGCGCGGCGGAACGUGUUGGGCGGCCGACCUCACCCUCCCCCGGCCGCUCUCUCCCCCGCGUCGCCGCCAUUCUCCUCCCCACCCCACCUCACCGCACCACCAACCCCCCGCGCCUCCCCUUACUAAAGCCGAGCCCACCACCCACCAUGCUCCCCCUCCUCAGAUCCCACCCGCUGCUCCUCCACCACGCCGCCCGCCUCUCCACGCCGCGUGCCAGCCUCCUCCUCCUCCGCUGCGCCGCGCAGCCGCUCCCGCCACCGCGCGCCCGGCCCCGCCCGCCGAUCCACAUGGCGGCCUCCUCCGGCUCCAACGCCAGCUCCCCCGCCCCGUCGCCGCCGCCCCCCGUGGUGCACAAGUCAAAGAUCCGAUUUUGCCCUGCUUGUGGAAGUCCAACGAAAUUGGCUAUACCAGAUGGGGAUGAGAAGAUGAGGGCUGUUUGUUCGUCUUGUGGAAGAGUUCACUAUGAGAACCCGAAAAUGGUUGUUGGUUGCCUCGUGGAGCAUGAUAAUAAGGUCCUCCUUUGCAGAAGAAAGAUUGAACCAGCUUAUGGCCUCUGGACUCUUCCUGCUGGUUAUUUGGAGGUUGGGGAGUCUGCAGCAGAAGGUGCCUCUAGGGAAACAUUGGAAGAAGCAUGUGCAGAUGUAGAGAUAAUCUCACCUUUUGCUCAGUUGGAUAUUCCGCUGAUUGGCCAAAGCUACAUUAUUUUCCGAGCAAGAUUGAAGACCCCCAACUUUUCACCUGGACCUGAGUCACUAGAAUGUGCACUUUUUGCUCUGGAUGACAUACCUUUCGAUUCUCUAGCAUUUUCUUCAAUCAUCGUCACCUUAAGGAUGUAUACUGAAGACGUGAAGUCCGGAAACAUCAAAUUUCACUAUUGCACUAUAAACAAAAGGCUAGGAGCCAGUCCGUCAGAUCUUCGAAGUUUCGACAUUGAUAACCAUAUAGCUGUGUGAGGUCGGAAAGGUUGUAAACUUUUCGUGAUUGCUGAGAUUAAUUUCGGCAUACAGCAGUCAUGAGCCAUUGAGACAGCUGAUUGCAUCGAUUAUCAUUUCGACCAGUCUUGAGUGUUGAACCUCCAUCAGAACCUUGUUUGGCAUCUCAAGGCACAUUGGCACAGAUUUCAAGUAGGUGCUGGAACUGUAAAUGCUUGGGUUUCGUAAAGUUUUUUUAGCCUUCUAGGAGACUCCGCAAUUCCGCAUUUUGUUUUUUGUGGGAGGACCAAAAAUCGUGGCGAAUCAUGCCAUGGCUGUGCCGCUGUGAAGGCAUCUGGGCGUUGUAAUUUCGUGACAACUCCUGCGAGUUGUCUACAAUAUGUUGCUGCAAUUUACAAAGCGCGUGCUGCAUUCCGGUGA